GUGCGCGGGCGCAGUGGGGGCUGCGGGCGGAGGCCUAGCGGGCGGUCGGUCGGUCGCAAUGCCUUACGCCAACCAGCCCACGGUGCGCAUCACCGAGCUCACCGACGAGAAUGUCAAGUUCAUCAUCGAGAACACGGACCUGGCGGUGGCCAACUCCAUCCGCAGGGUCUUCAUCGCCGAGGUGCCCAUCAUAGCCAUUGACUGGGUUCAGAUUGACGCUAAUUCCUCAGUCCUUCAUGAUGAGUUCAUUGCUCACAGGCUUGGAUUGAUCCCCCUCACUAGUGAUGACAUUGUGGACAAGCUGAAGGACUCCCGGAACUGCGAGUGUGAAGAGUUCUGCCCUGAGUGCUCGGUGGAGUUUACUCUGGACGUUCGAUGCAAUGAAGACCAGACUCGCCAUGUCACAUCCCGAGACCUCAUCUCCAACAGUCCCCGUGUCAUUCCGGUGACAUCCCGGAAUCGAGACAAUGACCCCAAUGACUAUGUGGAGCAGGAUGAUAUCCUCAUUGUCAAGCUGAGAAAGGGCCAGGAGCUGAGGCUGCGAGCCUAUGCCAAAAAGGGCUUCGGCAAGGAGCAUGCCAAGUGGAACCCUACAGCGGGGGUGGCUUUUGAGUAUGAUCCUGACAAUGCCCUGAGGCAUACCGUGUACCCCAAGCCAGAGGAAUGGCCUAAGAGCGAGUACUCAGAGCUGGACGAGGAUGAGUCACAGGCUCCCUACGACCCCAACGGCAAACCGGAGCGGUUUUACUAUAACGUGGAGUCCUGUGGCUCUCUGCGUCCUGAAACCAUUGUCCUCUCAGCCCUGUCUGAACUGAAGAAGAAGCUGAGUGAUUUGCAGACACAACUAAGCCAUGAGAUUCAGAGUGACGUCCUGACCAUAAACUAGCUGCAGCUCGCCUGAGUCAUCACCAAGGGGGACCCGAGCCAGCAAGCUGGCUUUCAGGUGUCCUGGGUCUCUUCUCGCACACGGGCUCUGGCCUCAACUUUCUGGCAAGCUUUCAGUAUCAACUGGAAAUGUAGCUGUGGGGAAUGGUAGGCCCAUCCUGACCUUGCUCGGCUGCAAGACAGUUUACCAGCAAUUCUUUCCUGGACGUGAGCAUCCCUGGCCCGCCAGUAGUUGCCAUUAACGCUCUCCUGGAACACCUCUUCUAGAGUCCUCAUGAGUCUGAAGGGCCAGCCUGCUCCCCUGGUGAGAACACUGGGCUGGGCUCUUCUGUUCCUGGUCCUCCCAGCCCUAUAUUUCUAACUCUCUCUGUCCACAAAGAGGAAUGCUCACAGCUGUGCUCGGAUAGCUGGGAUUAGGGUUGAGUACUGGAACUGCUGGCAGACCUUUUCAUUGUCUGCCCGGGGCUUCCUACUGCACUCCCUUCAAAUCCCCAUGUGACCUGGACUGGAGUAUCCUUUGGUUAUAUCGUAGCAGCCCCCUCCCCAAGCCCCCAUAAAAAUAAAUGUUGCAUUUCAUUGUUAGUUCUUAUUUCAGUUAUUCCCUUCAGCACCAGUCAGUCACCCAGUUAUUUGAGGUGAGGUGGGCUAGGCCUCAGUAAUAAUGUCUUGGCCUGAUUCUUUAGCCCUGUGUGUGGGAACACAACCCAAAGCAGUUAGUUAGGUAGCCUGAAGAAAAUCAGAUCUAGUACAGAAAUGAAGGGAUAUUUAUUGAUCAACAGUAGUUUGUCUUUUUUUUUUUUUUGGUUUUUAUUUUUUGGCAAUAAAGAGCACAACAUAAACUC